AUGGCGACGAAGAAGGACUCUCCUUUCUUGGGUCGCUUAUCCCGUCGACUACAGACGCUCGGUAGCGUCCUACUGCUCAUCCUGCCCAGUGCACUCGUAGUGUUAGCGCAAGCGGAACCAAUCCUGAAGAUCCGCACGACUGAGUUUACCCGAUACAGUGAGGUGAUUGAAUAUGAAAGCUCAACGUCGUACAAUCCGCGCGGUAUGGCACCGCUGUACGAAAUCACCAAUCACGUGAUCGAUUUGUUUGUUGACGAGAAUCCGAUUCCGGAUGGAUACAUCACGUUCAAGGCCGGCGCAAUUGCUGCAGGACCGAACGUUUCGGACAACAAUUGGGGCCCGCUGCUGAAGCAGUACUGGGCGAUCUUGCUGGUGGCAGCAUUGUGCAUCAUCAUGAUUGCGAUAAUGCCUAUCAUGGGGCUAUGCUUGUGUUGCUGCCGCUGCUUCGGCGGAUGCGGUGGACGUUCGCAACCGUUCGACAAGAAACACGAUACGUGCCGUCGAGCAAUUUUGGGCUUCCUGUUGAUCUGCUCAACCUCAGCUUUGGUAUUCGGUGUGGUGGUUGCAUUCGUUACCAACAGCUAUAUGCAGCAUGGGGUGGAAAACGUCACCACUUCCGCACGGCAUGCUGUACACGAUACACGGCAGUACUUGAAGACUACCUCGUCUCACAUCGAUCAUGUGCUGAACAAAAACUACCAGGAGCUCAACAACGAUCUCAAGCAGAUGCUGAACGAUGCUUCCGAUAAUAUUAUCACCCGGCUGGAGGAAGAAUCGCAAGCUGAGAAGCUGACGACGCUGUAUCAGUUUGUCGAAACAUUGCCCGAAAUUCGUGCAAGUUUGGAGAAGAUGAAACAACUGACGAGCGAACUACGAAUUACGGCGUCUCAGUUGAAUGAUGGGCUUCGUGGCGUGAAGAGAGAAUUACUUACGUCGCUUAACAAGUGUGGCACACAAGAAUGUAUCAAAGUGAUGGACGACUACAAGAUAGGACGCUUGAAUGUGAACGGUAUCGACUACAACUCGAUACAAGACAGAUACUUCCCGAGGCUGCCGGAUUUGUCGCAAAUCAUUGAGAGCGUUAAGCAGCUGACCGACAGCAGCCUGGGCAGUGCCAUCCAGGUCGGUGUCGAUCAGAUGAACCAGCUCAAGCGUACGCUGAAGCAAACCGUCCUGGAGAACAUACCGAAAGUGCAGGCCGCUUCGGAUUCUACGGGAAAUGCAAUCAGAGACGUGUCGAAUAUGCUCACCUCACGGAUAAACAAUGCGGGCGAUACACUGGGCAACAAUUCCUACAAACAUCUGGACACGGCGGACGAGUACAUUGAGCAGUACAGCAUUUACAGAUACUAUGCCGGACUGGGCAUUAGUUCGGUGCUAUUGCUAAUUUUGAUCUGCUUGGUGUUUGGACUGUUGUGCGGCAUUUGUGGCAAGCGUCCGGACGGUUAUGGAGACGAUUGCUGCAACAAGGGUGCUGGCGGAAGAUUCCUUAUUUUUGCUGUCGCCAUAAUCUUCCUCACGUUCUCCGUUAUCUUGGCGGUUGCGUUGGCAUCAUUCCUGGUUGGUACGUUAACGCGACGUGCCGCUUGCGAUUCGCUUCGCGAUCCGGCCAACGAUCAAAUCAUCAACUAUCUGGAUCAAUUUGUGGAUUUGAACCGGCUGUAUGCGGAUCUGCGGGCACAGGCAGAGCGCUCGCGAACGAAGCUGCCGGUCAGCGACAAUGUGGAGCAGAUACACAUUGGCGAGGUGAUUGAGGCUUGUCGGGAAAAUGGAUCUAUCUACAAGGUGCUGAAGUUGAACAAUUUCGUCGACAUUGACACGAUCCAGGAGUUCCCCGAGCAGUACGGUAUUACGCGGGAGCUGAACGCGCUUACGCACAAGAUUAAGAUCGAUCCGGUAAAAAUCCUCACGCCGGAAGCAACGGAAGACAUUGAAGCGUUGAAGGCGUCAAAGUUGAACGAUUUCGAUGUGGAUAAGUUUACUGACAAUUUGACGUACAACAUCACCGAGUACAACUUGAACGAAAUAGCCGACAAGCUGCGGGAUGUCGCGAACCGUGUUCCCUCCGGCAAGGAAAUGAACGACAUUAAAGUGAACCUGAAAAAUCAAGCUCUUCAUCUGUCUUCGUAUCAGACCAACCUUGUCGAUCCGAUAAUCGCAUCCACAAACGAGCUAAUUAAGCUUUCGACCACGCUGGACAGUAGCUUGAAGUUUGGACAACCAUCGUUCUCCGCUGCAAUCGAGAAAUUCUUGGUCCAGAUUAAGGAUGCUGAGUUUUACAUCAACAAUCACGGGCGAAACUUCGUACAGAACGUCACCGAGGAGCUGGUUACAGGGUUCACCAAUCAAAUCUACGCUUACAUCAAGUUCGUGACCGUUUCGACCAAAAACGAUAUUGGAUUGUGUGGACCGAUGUACAACGUGUACGAAUCGAUGAUUGUUGCAUCGUGCAAUCGUAUCGUUGAUCCAUUUAAUGGAUUCUGGGCUGGAGUGGUGUGGUGUUUGCUACUGUUUCUGCCUUCGAUCAUUUUCGGCGUAAAGCUGUCGACACUGUAUCAAAAGUCGGAUCCUUACCCUGGGCCGAUGGUGGAAUCUGAGUAUCUGUAUGAUGCCUACACCGAGCGUGAUAACAUUCCUCUUGCGAGUGGUCCAAAAAAUAAACGCCGCAAGAAGCAGGAUCGUCGCCGCGAAUCGCGUGAUCGUCGAGAUAUCUACUACGAGGAGGGCAGCCCAUCGCACAGCCGUGACCCAAGGUACAACGACAUGGCGCCGAAUGUAGAGUCACAGAUCCCUUCAAUACUAACCCAUAGCGGCAGCGAUACGGUGGCAUCUUCGCCACCGCCGGUACUACUAACAUCUUCCCACCACCACCACCACCAACACCAGCAGCGCCAUAAUAUGCACCAACGUCACCAUUCUACCCCUUUGCCAAUGUCACUGCCAAUGUCGCUACAUACGUCACAAGAGUCCCAAGAACAGCAGGACUCACCCAACUGCACCGUCUACGCUGGAUAUCAGAAUUCUAGUCCAACUUCACCUAUGAAGACGGCGUCAUCGUUUCAACCGUCACAACCGCCCGGCGGUGCCGGUUCACCGAACCGUAUGCUUAGUCGCUUAUUUAGCAAAAGUUUCUUUGACGACUUUCAAACGGCGCUCAAGCAGUACGAUCAACAGUACGCACCUGCCGGUGGAUCGUCUGAUCUGCUCACAGUGAUGGGACAAGAUCGGCGGACGGCCCACUAUCAGCCGUCGUAUCUUCCGUCGAUGUUACACCAACACCAUCAGCAUCUGCAUCAGCAGCAGCAGCAUGUGCCACGCGCUGGCCACGUAAGCCGAAGCAAUAGCAGUAGUGUCGGUUCGGUCCGAUCGAUGGCGCUCGUACCAACGCGUACGCCCUCACCGCUGGACUUCCGUACCAUGUCCUUCCGGAGGCCCCGAUCGUUGGCCAGCGAGGAGAGUGGUGGGAAGCAGUCGACAACACGCACGGAUAGCGGUUACGAGAAAUAUUAG